AUGCGCGACCUACGCAAACAGGCUCUCGAGAGCCACAAGACCAUGUCGCGCAAAGCGCGCACCAAGAUUGCCUCUGGCGCCUCUUCAGCAGCUCCCUCACGAACUGCUAGUCGCAACGUCAGCCGCGCUCCCUCCGACGACGAUGAUGACGGCUACCUCAGCGAUGGCACUGCAUGGAGUACCAACUCCAUCGACGAGAUCCUCAACGGCGAAGAUGUACAAAUAUCCGAAGAGCAGUGGAAGGCUGAGCUCAACGUGCGCAUCGAGCAGAUCACGAACCUAAAGCGCAGCAGCACUGAGGGCCGCACCGAAAGUCUGAAUGCCUACGCGCAUAUCCUUAUGGCGCGCUAUGCCAACGAAGAGAUUGAGCCCCACGUCAGGGAGCUGCUGCAAUCGAUACUGCGAAGCAUCAGACAAGAGACAACGGACCGCGAAGCUGUAAAGGCGCUUAAGGCACUUGCUGCAACCAUUGUGACACUCGACACUGGCGACAUCUAUGAGGACGUUGCCGUCGAGCUCAAGCGAGCGAUCCAAUCCGAAUUUGUGGAGGUUCAGAUCAACGCGAUUCACUGCCUUGGUCUGGCAGCUUUCUUCGGUGGAGCUGGAGAAGACGAUAUCACAGACAUCAUGACGUUGUUCCUCGAGAUAAUCGAGUCCGAUGGUGCAUCCAUCGAUGCCCAGGACAACGGCAACGUUGUCGUAGCUGCUCUCGAGAACUGGGGCUUGCUCGCAACCGACAUCGAGGACCUAGAGGAAGUGACAGAAACAGCAAUCGAAGCCUUUGUAGAUCAGCUCGAGAGUUCUGAUGCUGGUGUGCAAAUCGCUGCGGGAGAGAACAUUGCAUUGCUGUAUGAAAAAUCGUACACGGCACAAGAAGAUGACGAGGAUAUUGAGGGAGAGGCCGAAGACGAGGAUCAUCCGGAGUACCAGAAAGGUGGUGAGAAGCUGGUGAAGCGUUACCAAGUCUAUCGCAACCAACCCAAGCUGCUGCACACUCUUGGUGAGCUUGCCAAGGUGUCUACCCGAAGAAUCUCGAAAAAGGAUCGCAAGACACUGCACUCUUCAUUCACGGAUAUUCGCAACUCAGUCGAGAAGCCAUCACGCGGACCAGGAUACUCGACGGCCAUAGAUCAAGAGAGUGGCCGGGCGUACGGAGCUGGCAGAAUGAAGGUUCGCAUCAACCGCAACCUUGAGGUUAGGAUCGACAAGUGGUGGAAGUUGAUCAGGAUGAAUGCCCUCCGGAGAACGCUCCAAGGAGGUUUUGCAUACCACUACGACCAGAACGAGGUGGUCUCCUCCGCUUUACCGUUCUCGAUGGGCCGCGGCAAGAGCUGGUGA